AUGUUCGCAAAGUCCAAAGGCACGACGCCGAGCGACUUGCUGCCCGAUCCGAUCCGCAACAUGUACGAGAUCGGCAGGCAGUCCGCCACGGCCGGCCCCGAGAACGCUUGGCGAAUUUACGACGGCUAUCGGAAAAAAGAUAGAAUGGAGGUGUCGAUCUUCCUUUUCGACAAGCGAUCCGUUGAAAAACUACACAAGCCAAAGCGCAAAGAGGUUGUUACGGACAUACUGCGCGAAGGUGCCACUCAAAUGGAGCGCUUCUCGCAUCCCAAGUUACUGCAGGCGUAUAAAGUCGAAGAGUGCGCGGACACGUUGGCCUUCGCGUCCGAGCCGGUGCUCGCCAGCCUGGCGAACGUCCUGGCUUACAAGGAGCAGCUGGCGAAUACCCUCGCGGCGCAACCCUCCACGUUGCAUAUGGCGAAGCAGAAUCAUCCACCGGCCACCAGCCACCGCUCGACAUUCAUCAAGGAAUACGAGCUGCUCGAGCUGGAGAUCAAGUACGGGUUGUUGCAGAUCACAGAAGCUCUGCUGUUUCUCCACAACAUCAAGUAUCUCCACAGAAACGUUUGUCCAACGAGCAUUAUCAUUACGAAGAGAGGCACAUGGAAGCUGUCGGGGUUCGAGUUUACCGAGAAGGUCGAUGAGGUACCGAUAGCGGUGCAAUCGUGGAGGAAGCACAUGCCGAAAAUGACCCAGCCGAAUCUGGAUUAUAUAGCGCCGGAGAUACAGCAGAAAAAGCUCAGCACUUUUAACAGUGACAUGUACAGCCUCGGUAUGACGAUAUGUGCGAUUUACAAUGAGGGUCGGCCGCUGAUCCAGGCGAAUCACAGCUGUUCGGAUUACCUCAAACAACUCGAGACCCUGGACAAUCACGUCGCUGUGAUUCUGCCGCUGGUGCCAAUGCCUCUUCGAGAGGCCGUGUCUCGUCUGUUGCACAAGGAUCCUGAGCAGAGGCCGACCGCGCAGGUUCUGACAUUGAUGAAAUUCUUCAACGAUCCGUUCGUGCAUGCGCUACAAUUCUUGGACGUCAGCAAAAUGAAGGACGUGUACCAGAAGGAGCAUUUUUAUACGACAACCUUGAAGGAGCUAUUACCGUAUAUGCCGAAGAAACUCUGGUAUCAGCACAUUUGGACGUAUCUUCACGCGGAAUUGCAAACGCAGGAAGUGCUGUCCGCCGUAUUGCAGCCUAUGUUAUACAUCGUGCAGAACAGCACCCAGGAGGAAUACGAUCAGAUCCUGUUUCCUACGCUUAAGCCUCUCUUCACCAAUCGAAAGUCGAUUCAGGGUACGGUGACCCUGCUGGAGAACCUGCACCUCAUCCUGAUGAAGACACCGCAGGAGUACAAGCGCGAGGUGCUCGCUAUGCUGUGCACGUCCCUCGAGAAUUCGAACGUCCAAGUGCGGACAGCCGCUUUCGUGGCCGUGUCGCACGUGACGAACGAUCUCGAGGACAACGCGAUACGUAACAUAGUGCUGCCCAAGUUACUGGAGGCAUUCCAGAACAACUCGGCGGACGCACGAGUCCUGAUGGGCGUGGUGCCCUGUAUCCUCAGCCGACUCGAGAAGCAGAAGAUCAUUGACUGCAUCUUGCCGCUGCUCUGUAAAGUCAGGCUGCAGGAACCCGAGAUCAUCGUGCGGGUCCUAAACAUUUACAGGAUUAUGCUCGCCGAUAAGAAGUACGGACUGUCGGUUAACUGGAUGGCGGUGCAUGCGAUGCCGUCGCUACUACCGCAAACCGUGAACCCGGCGUUGAAUCUUGAGCAAUUCAUAUUGUUGCUCGAGGUGCUGCAGGAUAUGCUGUACAACAUCGAAAAGCAAAGGAAUAAAUUAACGCUCGACAAUCUUUCGCUACCGAGCCCGGACAAGUAUCGACCUCUGCGGCAUCAGUACAGCACCGAUAAUGUGCACGUGCCACCGUUCAACAUCCCGAAUUUGCGCAUCGAGCAACGCAAAACCUCGUCGGCCGAGGACAUGGCCAGGAAGAAUAGUAUCGGGUCCAUAUCAACGGCGUCCGCGGAAAAUAUGGCGCGAAAGAAUUCAAUGGCCGUGAUGUUCGGUGGAUGGUUCAGCUCGUCCGGCAACGAUAGCAAUUUCCUGAGAGUCGCAAACACGAUCACGAGCAGACGUCUCUCGGACAACACUCUGAUGACGCCGAAGAUACGGGUAGCACCGUCUUGUGCGAGCUCGCCGGGCGGAACACCCGGCGGUGGUUUGCCGAUCCGUCGGCAUUCCAGCAUCGGUCCGCAGGAACGACGAGGCUCGAAUAUCAAUUUAUCACCGCCCACGGGAGGCGGAAUGCCGAUCACGAGUAGCAGUGUGCCGCACCUGCUCAGCUCGAGCCUGAACAGUAUUCGCGGGUCGAGGCGGCCGUCCGUGUCCUCGACGUCGUCGCAGCAAGGCAUCGGGCUACUGCAGCAGGUUGGCUCCAGCAUGUACCAGUUCUUCAACAGACAAUCCGAAGCGUAAAGUGCCAAUAAUUGAACAAAGGUCGGACAAGAUCGUGAUGGUUGUGGAGCUGACCAGCGAGCACCGAUCCACUCGCGCGUUCGGUCAAUCGUGCAGAAACAGGGAGUAACGAGCAAGAGACUUUCAAGGAUGGCACAAUCAAGGAUGGAUAUUCCCGGCUAACGAGACGAACGAUCUCUCAUUAAUAGGCGAUCGCAGGAUCUCCGAUGAACACGGAACCUCGUGACGAUCCGAUUUUCGGCUUCGGGGUUGCGAGUUGGUCGCGGAAAAAUAGAGAUAAAUAGAUAGUGGGAAGGAAAGAAAGGAGGAGAAAGCAGCUCUCCGCGGAUUAUCCGGCCGUUUGAUCCGACCUAAUGCAUAUACAAUAGGGAUAUUCUUCGCGUUCGCAAGGCAAGGUCGCAAAAUCGAUGACCACAAAUUAAUCCGGAGGGACUCUCCCCUCCCCGCCUACGCACGUCGCCGAGUUAAUAUUCGUAUCUCCUCUACACACGUAUUAUCCCUCGCAUCGCUCUCAUGUGGGCGAUGGUUCGCAGGGGCGCGGUUUGCGAGGUAACGAGCGCGUUACAUACGUCGGGGUGUUACGGGGAUUAUCGGGUGUGUGUCAGAAAUUGCCGACGCGUACGUAUCACGAAUAAACCGCAAAUCGAACGUUACGUUACAUUAACUAUUAACACCGGAAUAUCGGUGCGCGCGCCGUUAAGCAUAUCGAUAUUUCGGUACCACGUCAAUCGGCUAUACGAUAUGAUAUUAUCAUCACUUACGGCGCGCGAGAGAUGGUUUAUUAAUUAAUACGUUAAUCGUGCCGGUUAUUUGCGACAUUAGUAUAUUUAGAAUCGAGAAUCGAUAUGCAUAGCAUUGAAUGUGCAUGUCCAAAAAAAAAAAUAUACCAAGUCUGAUUUCUCGAGUAUUUUCAACGAGUACGUAACAAUUGAAGAGAACGCGAUGCAACUUCUGAUACAUCCUGUAUGCGAAAGCACCUCAUGCAUGUAUAUGACAAAGUAAUAUCUUUCUCUUAGUCACGUACGAACAAAAGAAUAUUUUUCUCGUCGAUAUAUACAUAUAUAUUUGUCUAUAUAAUAAUCUAUAACGGCGGCUAUACAUGCGAGUACGCUAAGUUACAGUAAAAUCUUGAUACUUACUACGUCAAAACAUACUGGUCUUUCCAAACAAUGCGUGUGUGAAUAUAAUAUAUGAUAUGAUAUAAUAUAUGUCAAGUUGUCAAAAGGAGAGAUUAGUUGAAUAAAACCGAUAGUCAUAAUAUAUUUCAUGCAUAUCCAGACAUGAAGUGAACGAUUGGAAAGAUUAGUGAAUUUUGGCCUGGUGAGCACCUAAGGCUUUAUUGAAGCUUAGUGUACACGAGUCGAGCUUGCCGUAAGUUGUCAAUUGUCGCACUAAACAAUCAUUAAGUCUUAAGGUAGCUUUUUUAACUCAAACGGUAUUAUCAAGCGCGAUAAGACACGAACGCACCCACACAUACAUGUACACGUACACACAUACAUAUACGCACAAAACAGACGUUAAAACUUACCAGUCUAAUCCAGGCGGGAAACGAAUUAUUCGGCUGUAGAUUACACUGAAUUCUCUUUGAUACUCUGUAAUUAUUUGUGACCUGUCAGUGAGGUAUUCCUCAUUAUCAUCUUGCAACUGAACUACCGCUGGGUUCACAUCUAUCUGUACAUCCUCAGCAUCUUCUUGCAGCUGAACUACCGCUGGGUUCACAUCUAUCUGUACAUCAUCAGCAUUUUCUUGCAGCAACUGAGGCAUUUGUGGGUCUGCAUUAAUCUGUACAUCCCCGACAUCUUCUUGCAACUGAGCUAAUGGGUUUGCAUCCAUCUUGUAUCUUGCUUGAUCAAAGACAAAUGAAUUUUGACAUUGUCUGCAGUGAUCUCUGACAGCUUUUUGAAGUGAUCGUACGACAGUGAUAAAACACGACAAAUAGAUAUAAAUAAUAUAUUGGGUUUGUCAAAAAGUGCGAUUCUCGAUGCCUCCUUCAAUUAAAUAGCUUUCCACAACAAAAAUAUGCGAAUACCGUUGAAAUAUUGGAACGAAGGAUCGUUGACAACGAUGACGAUUGUUUGACUGAAGAACGAUUUGUUUGCCUUGAAUACAAUAAAGUCAAACUUGACUGAAGCAUUAAAGAGAACUUUCUGACUGACCCAAUACGUGCAUAUAUACACGCGUGUUCGCGUUAUUACGCACAUUACACUAUACGCCAAGUUUAUCCUGUUAUGAAUAUAUUAAUUAUUACUUAUAAUUGACAAGAAAGACCAUUAAUUACAGUCGGAAAGAUUAAGCCGUUGGGAAAGUAACGUUAGGCUUGAAUCGAAGAGCUAACGGAAAAGAAUGCUUUGUGUGAACAUACUCUUUCGAACAUAUGAAAGCUCUUCGAACAAAAACUGAUCGAUUUAUAGAACACUUUUUAUACAGAGAUUGAUUUAAUUAUUAAUCUGUUUAUCAUAAUCAAUAUUUAGGUAAAAGUUGAAAAGAAUAAUUUAUGUGUCAACAUGACAUAUCAUUCACUAUAAUUCACUUGUUACACACAUACCAUAUUAGAAUCGGUAUACUUGACAUAUAUUCCGCACGAAGUCGUUUCGACUAUCUCGAGAUUCAAAUAAUGCAAUCUUCGGUCGUACAGAUCAAUACGCGUAUAAAGAUCCGAGUUUCAAAUAAGAUUUAAUAUAAUGGCCAUAUUUUCGACGCGAGAUAGAAUUUUCGGAUUGUACAAAAGCAACGGUAUGAGAUUCACGAGUACAAAGUGCGGAAUGUUUAUACGAUCCGCGACGGACACGGAGACACGCGUCUGCGAUGCGGAGCACCACCACAACACCAUCAUAACAAUAACAACAACACAUAGUCAUGCAAGAAAAAAGCGUAUAGGUCGAGAUGUGCGAAAUAUUAGCAAUAAGAAUCUUAACCUGCCUCAUAUCGUGAUCUCUAUUUACUUCUUUGAUGUGAUUUCCUCGAUUUGCUCUACGUACACAUACGCACACACACACAUACACGCACACUCAGAUUGUGAUUUUACCUUCUUCUCAAUUUACGAGUCACGUCAUAACUGAAUAAAUUCAAUAGAAUCAGGCGGUAGCCUAGGAGAAGGCGACACGAAAUUUGAAUGUUCCUUUCGAUUACGAGAAGGGAUUGCGUCUUGUUAAUUAUGUGGUGAGCCAUAUUUGUACGUAUAUAAAAGAGUGUUUAGCUAAGUGUGCAUUCGCGUAACCGUCGCGAUGUCUAACGAUGAACACAAUGACUGAAACCGGUACGAUUUCGACGAGAAGAGAUUUCCGACGAUGCGAUAUAGUGCGCGGAAAGAGAAGGAAGGAAGGAAAAAAGGAUAUACACUAAGCAUAGAUAAUGCUCUGCAAUAUUUCCAAAAAAAUCGAGAAAAAAACCAAGUAUUAGCAUUACGCGCAUUUUAUUAUGCAAAUUGAAGAUAUGUACACAAUUUGUGUAAUUAAAUGUAAUAAUUUUUAAUGAUACUAAAUCCAGUAAGUAGUUGAGCAUUGAUGCUCAGUGUACAUCAGAGACGCCCGGUAUAAAAUUUCGGAAAAUGCGAAUUUUCGCAACCGAGGACAACACAAAGAGAAUGAUCUUUGUGUUCGUGUGUGAUGAUAAAAGUGCCAAUAAGAGGAGGCGUAAGAUGAAUUUUUUUUCUCUGUCACGAAGGAUGAAAAUGUCGGACGCAUGAAAGUUAGAUUUCGAAGAGCAAAGAAGACUUUUACGAUUGAUUUGACUAAAUUUAUUUUCAAAGAAAAUUAAGAGGUUCUUUCCAUGGUGGAGGUCGACCAUGAAUAUGUCCGUUUAAAUGACCGUAUUUCAGAAUGCAAAAACAAUCCGCGAGAUUCACGCGAUAUUUCCUGUUUUUCGUCCAACGAAGCACUUCCACCCUUCUCCGCCCAUCUACAGCGUCGUGAGUCGAACUCGCCGAAGUUACAUCGAUCUCGGUUUGCGGAUCGUCAUAUCUACAACUCUCGAAAAAAAUGAAAAAAAAAUCGUUCGUGUGGUUAAUAUUCUAAUUCUAAUGACGUAAGAUUAUGCGAAGUUAAGUGUCCUUAACGUUAAGCACACAUAUACACACAUACGUGCGCAUGCACGCAUAUACAUGAACACACAACCCCGGUAUAUUUGGAAAGAAAGUAAAAUAAAUCUUGCCCUAGAGAGAAUAUAUCGAAGCAUCGCGAUCCGCUCAACGGAUCCGCUCUCAUCUUUCUCGCGUAUCUUGGAAAUUUGGAAACUAAAGAAAAAAGAAAAAAAAAGAGGAAAGAGAAAGAUAAGAACGAAGUGUGAUUAUUCACAAACCACAGACAAUCACGGACAAUCAUUUACACAAUUAUCAAGAUAAAUGUGUAACGCACACCUCACACAUUUCGUGCGGAUGGACGUGCAUUUGGACGAGAAUUGUCUCAUGACGAUUAUUAUAUAUCGGCUAGUAUUGGCGGUAGAUGCUAGUAUUAUUACAAGCCAUAGUGGCUACGAUUUUCAAUCGUAUGUACUGCGCCUGAACAUAUUCGUACAUGUAAACUUCAGAAUGCAUCUUAUAUUCAAUAGGAAAUUCUAUAAUCUGAAAGUUACUAAAAAAUUUUUUUAUUGAAUAUGAAUAUAGUGUACAAUUCAUUAAAAAGAAAAAAAUAUCGAGACAUUUAUUCUAUCGAAUAUGUACGAUUAAAAAUCGUAACGUUAAUGGUAACACAAUAAGUAAUCACACGGUCGAAUCGACGACAUAUGUUCCUGUUUCUGAUGGAUAACGCGUUCUUCGUCCAAACGCGCAUUCAUUGAGACACAUUAUUCGCGUAUCUAUCGUGGAGUUUAUAACACAUAUCGACGCACAAACUAUUCCCCGUACUAUGCAGAGAUGCGUUUAGGCACAUAGACGGUUCAGGAAUCUUUAUUUGUCGUCAAUUUACCAACUAAUCGAACUUCGUCUUCAAGAAAAAGGUUGUAAGCUGAAUCGAAAGGAAUACUUUCGUUUUCGAGAUAACUUUGUUAUUAUUAUUAUUGUAUUCAUAUUCUCGUUAUUUAUAUAUAUAUAUAUAUAUAUAUGAUAAGGUGCAAAAGAAAGAGGUUUAAGAAGAAACAACUUUAUGCUCCCGUAUCGGCCUUAAACGUGUCGUUAUGAUAUACCAUGAUAUUCCGUUUGUACCCGCAUUUUCCUUUUAGAACACCUUUUAUGCGCGUAAAUCCCGUGAGACCCGUUCUUGCGGAUUCUCAAAAAUGUCCUCGUUACCGUUGUUGUACUACAAUUUUUCAGUUGAAAAAAUUGCAGAAAAAAGAACGGUCUCCUAAUAAUUUUGUGCGCUAAAAUCAAUAUUUUUCACUCAUAGUGCGCGAUUAUCUCGAAAUAUCGGCCGAAUUGGGAGAAGAGCGACAAUUUUUAUGAAAGUCGAAAGCUGGGAUCUCCAGCGACGCGUCCGUUAUUAACGCUUUUUUUCGUACUCGAUUAUGCGACUGAGUGAAAAUAUAUCCUGAUUUCAAGGAAAUACCAGCAUUAAGAAUUAACAGUUAUAGAACACAUCUUAAAUUUUACCGCGUAAUUAGUGAAUGUAGAAGAGGAGGAGGGGAGAUAGACAAAGUACGUGUGUAAAAGGUAGAAAGCCACCCAGCACAUUUAAAGUAAUAAAUUGAGAAAAUGUAUAGAGAUUAAUAAAUGUAUAAAUGACUCUCGAUGAGAAUAUUUUUCAACGUAAUUUGUUAGAUGACCUAUUGGGUGUGUAUGUGUGUGUAUGUGUCACGCACGAAAAUACUGUGUUAUCACAACGUUAUCGAUGAUACCCUCAUUUUCCCUUGAGAAGGGUUUAUAUCCGCCAAACCUCAGAUUCGUAUCCUCUCUUAAUCGAACAAGUCGCUUUUAGUUCGCCCGGUUUCCGGUUACAUCGGAUCAGUCAACUGAUUAUUAUCAUAGAGAUUCUCUCCGUGCAUAGAAGAGUCAACCGGCGAGUAAAAGUGCUCAACAGGACCUCUCCCCCUCCCACUCCUCAAGAUUAUGUGUUCAAAAAGGAUAUGCUAUACUCUCUGCGACGUCGUUAACGAUAAGAUAGUAUCUAGAGAUUUAUUCCAGAAAUAAUUAAUCCUUCUACCAAUUAUAUAAAAAUUAUAAAUGUAUAUUUCAUGUAUUCGUUUUUAAAAAUACAGUAAAACCACCGUUGUAUCGAUCGAUUUGCGCUGCAAACGAUCAUUUUAUUCCUCCAAUGUUUUCGAUAAGAAGAAUUUCGCAAACAUCGUGACAAAGAGUCUUUGUUUAUGCUAUAUUACAUAUUAUUAUUGUAAAGUUAUAUUGUCCCAGCAUAUAAAAACUAUUAUA